UUAGAUCUUUUGCAAAAACUUGACCUUUCAAUGAGGAGCUUGCGUCCCAUUAUUAACAGCUGUAGAGAACUUUAUUGCUUCUGUAAAGUUGAACACUAUGCAUCGUCUUAUGGCGUAUCCGAUGUUCUAAAAUGGGUUGGACGGAAUUGCUCUUUUGCAAAAAUGUUCCUUCCAACUGCUACAUGUGAAGAGAUAAACACUUUAGUGGCUUCCUGUUAUAAAAAUAAUCAGUAA